UGAAGGGUAUGGUCUUUUGUUGUCCUGGGAAGAGUUAUACGCAGUAGAACAGUUAGGAGGCCUAGGGUAGACCACUGGGAAGCUUCAAUAUGUCUAAGGUACCCAGGAAACUACCACAGCCCAACAAGGAUAUGGAGCAACCAACCUCAAGUUCUGAACAGAGGAAAAAGACAAAGAGUCCCUAUCAACCCAGGUCAAAAGGUGGUGGCAAGGUGCUGAAGACAACCCUGAAGGUAAAAAGACCCGUUCAAAAGAGUUUGAGUAAAAAAGUCUCAGUAAAAACUACCAACCCUAUAAGAAAGCCUAAAAAAGCUGGAACACCAGUCUUCGGUCACUAUCACAGCCUGAAUGAGAGACUGAACCAAAAUGAGCCAGAGCAAGCCCAAGAGAAGGUGGAGGAGUCUGCCACAUCAAAUGAUGACCCGGGCAGCCAGUAACUCCAGAGUGGGGCCAGAGACUUCAGUAAAACCUGCUAAGUCUCCAGCGGUCUGGUGGCUGAGAAAUGGCCCAUUGUGUAGACAUUGAAUUUUACAGCAUCAAGGUAUUCUGAUGAUACCUGAAAUAAAGCCAACCUGUU